UCCGGAGUCCGUCAGGAGAAGGUCGCAGCGCUCUCUCUGCUUCUUCUUCUUCUCUUUUUUUUUCUCCUACCAUGAAGAGACAAAACGCCCGGACUCUCGCGCUCAUCAUCAGCAUCCUCACCUACCUGGUGGUGGGAGCGGCCGUGUUCGAGACCCUGGAGUCCAAGCAGGAGAAGAGCCACAAGAGGAAGCUCGACGCCAGAAAGUACGAGCUCAUGCGUAAAUACAACUUGACCAAAGAGAACUUCGAGGAGCUGGAGCACGUCGUGCUGCAGCUCAAACCUCACAAAGCAGGGGUCCAGUGGAAAUUCGCAGGCUCCUUUUACUUCGCCAUCACUGUGAUAACGACGAUAGGUUACGGCCAUGCAGCGCCCAGCACCGACUCAGGGAAGGUGUUCUGCAUGUUCUACGCCCUCCUGGGGAUCCCGCUCACCCUGGUCAUGUUCCAGAGCCUGGGCGAGCGCAUCAACACGUUCGUCAGGUACCUGCUGCACCAAGCCAAGAAGUGCCUGGGGAUGCGUCACACCGAGGUCUCCAUGGCGAACAUGGUGACAGUGGGCUUCUUCUCCUGCAUGAGCACGCUCUGUGUGGGGGCUUUGGCGUUCUCUCACUCCGAGGGAUGGAGCUUCCUGCACGCCUUUUACUACUGCUUCAUCACGCUCACCACCAUCGGGUUCGGGGACUACGUGGCGCUGCAGAGGGACGACGCUCUGCAGAACGACCCUCGGUACGUGGCUUUCUGCUUCGUCUACAUCCUCAUGGGUCUGACGGUGAUCGGAGCGUUCCUGAACUUGGUGGUUCUUCGCUUCCUGACGAUGAACAUCGAGGACGAGCGGAGGGACGCGAAGCAGAGAGCGUUGAUGUCUGUUUGUAAGCCCAGAGGAGAGGUGGCUCAUUUAUUACCGGUGUCCACCUCCACUACGUCCACGACUGUAGCAGAAGACACGACAAGGGCUAAAGAUUUAAAAGGUGCUUACACUGAGGUGCUUCAUUUCCAGACUAUCUGCUCCUGCUUGUGGUACAGGAGCAAGGAGAAGGUGCAGGGCUCCACCAUGAUCCCUCAGGAGCUGACGUUCUCCGAUGCAUACCUGCAGCAGAACAGUGACUGCCCUCACUACAUCGAGCCCGGAUCUACUGGCUGCGUUUGCAGUCCGCGUCAGUGCUCGAGCAUAAGCUCCAUAACGACAGGCCUCCACCUUCUCUCUCCGUUCAGGAUGUUUAAGAGACGCAGCUCGGUUUAGCCUUCAACACGGCAGAUUUCUCUUCAGCACUCCGUACUGCCAAGUGGACAGCAGAUACUUGGCAGGCCCAGCGGCUAAGACGUGGCUGCAGAGUCGAUGUUUGUGGUGCUAUAAUCCCAGUAAACCAACAGUAGGACACACAAAGGGAAAAGCACAUACAGUACUGUAAACACAGAAGUCUUACUCAAAUAAUUCAGAGAGCAAAGCAAGUAAUCUUUGACUUGAGGUCUGUUAUUCAGGACCGUCCUGUGUGCUUAGACAAAUCAUGUAAGAAGCAGCAGAAAAGGUGCCGCACGAGAGGGUUCAGGUCAAGUCAACUGAGCAAAAAGGUGACACGAAAUACAUAAAACCUCCAAGACAACAGUUCCUCUUCUUGCUCCUGGUUUUCUCAGAUUCUGAAGGUUUUUGUGUCAUUUUCCUGAGGACAGAGUGUCUAUCUGUCCAUUAUUAAUCACACAGACUGCAUAUAAGUUGCCUUAGAAUACCCUUCAAGACUUACUCGAACAAAUCGUGAUUGUCAAAACGUUCCUGAAGCUGACACACACACUAAUAACUCCACAUGACUCACUCCCUGGGUGGCUGCCUCUGUUAUUGUGAUUUCUCAGAGCUCUCUGCCCAAAUCUGCCCGUGCAUCAGUCACAAACACGGCUAAGUUAUGUAACGUGACAAGUGAACAAGUUCAAAACAUCACGAACGUGGACAAAGGCUGCAUCAGGAACGUGGUGCAGAAACAUCAAGUAGACACUCAGUGGCAGUGACUGGAACACUCUUAAACUGGAACAACACUACAAAGCUUUUAAAAAAUACCAUGAGGCGAAAUUAAAAACCGUGACAGCUUCACGAAUCUGGUAUUUACUGCAGGGUUGUAAAAGCAGCGCCUGCUCACACUGCUGGGCCCUGAAGUCAGUCCUGAGCCAGUGCAGGUCUCCACACGGUGUUAUGAGUGUUUCUGCGACCAAAGCAGUUGACACCAAGAAACCAGCAACAAAACGUGCAAUAUAAAGGUAAUAGAGUUCAACAUAAUGACACCUCUCUGAUGCAUGUGUGCUAAAUACAGUGAUAGCCAUUUCUCUGCAUCAAGUGUUAGCUUAGCAUGGAAUAACAACUGAAAGCUUGAGGAAACAGCUUGCCUUGUUUACAAAACUCUGCUUAGGUGUCAGAUUUCAUUAUUUGAAUCUCUUAAUUAUGUGUUUAUUUGCUCCCACAUGUGUUUGGUUAAAGAGCAAUCCAUCAUACAAGUCGACAGAUAGUUUAGUAGACCCGCCUUAAUAGCGGUAAAAUAGGUCUUCAUCUGUAAGAAGUCCUUUCUCUGUCCAAAGUUCAAACUGCCCCAAAACAUAUAACACACAAUUGAACACACUAUAUCUUAAGAAUGUAGAAACAGUUCAAUAUUUUGGGGAGUUAACUUAUUUGUACGUCUGCCAGAUAAUUUACCCAACACCAUUCCUGUAUGCUAACUCUAAAUAAAAAGCUAAGGCCAAGAGUAAA